GUUACGAACCGGAGAAUUGAGAAUCGAUCAAAGUGUUGCAAGCGAGAUAGCAAGAUAACAUCACGUAAGUGGUCAAAACCUGAGAGUCAAAAUUUAGAAGCUAGUAAAUAUAUUAUUGAGCAGCCAUAAUACGAUUAGCAGUUAAAAAAAAAUAUUCAGGCAGUGUGAUACGACCAAAUGUCAUUUCCAAGCAUGUUGACCGGCAUCCGUGCUGGCAUUGUCCGACAGUCACAGGCGUAUCUGAGAGCUUCUCUAUUUUCAUCGCAGCCGACUGACAAAGGGCACCUGAGACUAAGUGAUACUUGUGUGAAGCGGCUGAAGGAAAUUUGCGAUGCAAAAUCGUUCCUGCGUGUCACGAUUGAGGGUGGUGGGUGUUCCGGGUUCCAGUACAAGUUCGAUAUAGACGACAGCCUUGCUCCCGACGAUUACAUUUUUGGUGAAGCCGAUGCCCGCGUAGUCAUCGAUCAGACAUCUAUCGAGUACGUGAGUGGAUCGACGAUAGAUUUUCAUACCGAGUUGAUACGAUCCGGAUUUAGAAUCAUAAACAAUCCAAAAGCCGAACAAGGCUGUUCUUGCGGGGCAUCAUUUGCCAUCAAAUUAGAUUAAAAUGGAUGGUUUUCGGAUAUAUUUAUGUUACAGAAAACCCCUAGUUGAUUAAUUUCUAAUAUAUUGUUUCGUGGUGCA